AUAAUACAUAACCUAUUUUUAUACCAGGAAGGAAGUUAUAGAUCAUUCUAAAUUUUUGUAAUUUUGAAAUAGUUUUAAUAUUUAGCAAACAAUGGCUGAUAGGCUCACUCAAUUACAGGAUUGCAUAAAUCAGCAAGCAGAGCACUUUUGUAACAGCAUCGGCAUUCUACAGCAAUUCGCACCACCUAGCAAAUUUACUAAUUUUGACAGGACAGGGUCCCAGACGCCCCAACAACAACAAACUCAGGAAGACUAUGUUCAGUUGUUUACAACUUUGAUCGCUAGAUGUGCCAAGGAUAUUGACACCCUUAUAGAGUCAUUGCCUAGCGAAGAAAACUCUACAGAGUUGCAGUUGGCCAGUCUAAGAAUUUUGGAGCAGGAAAAUCAAGAGGCAGCUGAGCGUUUAGAUGCUGUAGUUCGUGGAGGUCAAGAUUUACUUGAAAAAAUUCAAGCUGCAUUGAGCGAUAUUGCUCAGGCUCAGCUAGACAUGCAACAUCUUACGAAAGUUGCAUCUGGUGGACGGGAAUGAUUAAGGGGUGUACGGAGGGUCAGAAAUCUCACGAAUUUGACCCUCGCGUAAAAACUGAUGAGUGUAUUCAAAAGGCUGCAUUAGAUAUAUAUGUUACAUUAAUAACUUAGGUUAAGCAACUAAAAAUUUAUUAAAAAAAAUAUGUU